AUGUCUCACGUAUCUCGCGGGAUAUCUUCCAUGGUGUUCUUUUUCAUGUUUUUGAUCAGCUUUGGUUUAAAACGAAACGAGAGCGGUAGGGUCAGAUUCCGAUUUGUUCGAAAGACGAGAGUGAAGAAAAUUGAGAGAGUAGAUGAAGGUGUGUUUUAUCCCAUUGUACCGGAAGCCGGGACCAGCAGCGGAGAAUUACUUGACAGAAACUCCGCCAAAGAAGUCGUGAGACACCGGAAGAAGAAAAGAGGGAGACUUAAAAGGAACAAGGUGGUGCCAGCUGAAGAAUAUGAAGUAAAUGAGGAGGACACUGACUGCGAUAUCGCGUUGGUUCUUCCAGAGGAAAUUGUAAGAACGCUGCAGUCAGACGAAGGUCCAUCACCACCCACUCUGUCAAACAAUUUUAAUGUAAUCAAUACAGAUGAAAUAACUGGAAAUCUGCUCUACAAUGAUGAGGACAUUCAAACAAGUUCAAGUCUUGUCUGCGUUACUAAUCAAGUUGCCUUGAAUUUAAAGGACAAAAAUGCUUGGGAAGAAGAGGAAAAUGAGAAAAACAAAAAAUCAACUUUGUCAAACUUAUUCGCAAGGUUCAGGGGUGGAACGAAAUCUACAAAGGUUCGCAAAUUCCGGAAAUAA